AUGUCGGAUGCAACGCGCUUCUCCAAACCCGUUAGGAGUAUGUUACAGCUAAAGCAUGUAUUGGUGGAUCUUCUGCGUUGUGCAGUUGGAAAUGGAGAGACAGCUUCAUUCUGGUAUGAUUCUUGGAAUGAUAUGGGCAAAUUAAUCAAUGUCUUUGGGAUGGGCGGGCCAUGCCACCUUCAAAUCCCAAGGGAAGCUACAGUUAAGGAGGCUACAAGGAAUGGAAGUUGGUAUUUACCUCCGGCGAGGUCAAGGAAGCAGAAACGCUGCAAAUCGGGGCCGGACGUCUAUCUCUGGCGAAAUGCAUCGGGCUUGUUUGUUACAGAGUUCUCCUCUAAGGCAACUUGGAACUUUUUACGGACCAGAUCUCUUCAGGUGAACUGGAGCUCAGUUAUAUGGUUUAAAGAGGCUAUCCCUCGCUGCUCUUUCAUUGUGUGGUUGGCUUUGCUGGCGAGAUUGCCAACGAGGGACAGACUUCGAAGAUGGGGUAUAAUGGUUCCUGGCGAAUGUGUCCUGUGCUCGCAAGAGCCGGAAACCCUUGAUCAUCUGUUCUUUGGUUGCUCGUUCUCCUCUGGAAUUUGGGGUGCUUUCUCUGCGGGCCUAGGCCUACAGCCUUCCCAAUCUCUCCUCUCGGUGGCUGGAUCAAUCUCAGGGACCCCGGCUCUCUGUGGCUCGGCAAAAGGGGUCCUUGCAAGGCUGCUCUUUCAGGAACGCAACAGUCGAAUCUUCACCUCCACCUUUGCUUCAAUGGCAUCCACCAAAUCGGUGAUUGAUAGGACUAUCAGAGAUUGUCUUUUCUCAUUCCCGGCGGCAAAUGUAAGCUCUCCUUCGCUUCUCGAGUUGUAUUUUCUGCUUCUCUCCCCUGCUAUGUAA